CCUCCUCGAGGGGGUCGCGGUGACUGAGAGCCCCCACCCCCUCGUUUCUCUCUCUCUCCCCCCGGCUCCUCCUGCGCCCGCCCCGGCACCGAUUGUUGACAAAAGACGCUGCGAGACGGAGCGAAGGAGACCGGUGCUGGUGUGGCCGAGGUGAUUCUGUUGUCGGUGGUGGUCGGACCGCAGCAGGCCGGCGUGAACUGGACCCCUCCUCCUUCUCUCCUUCCUGAAAACCUCCGUGAUUGGUAUUUACCGACAAAACCAGCGGCCGAGAUGGGUCACCCACUGUGAGAGAGAGAGAGCAACAGUCGCGGUAAAGGAGGAGGAGGAGGCGGCCUUGGGCUCGUCUACUCAGCCGGGAAUGGUGUGAGCUGGGACGGCCAGGCAGUCUGGAUCUGACCGGGGACCCGUCAUUCCCCCGGAGCCUCCGCGGCCCCAAGCCGCGUCCUGAGCCCUCCAAGAUGGGGAAGUGCGACGGAAGAUGCACGCUGUUGGUGAUCUGCUCUCUGCAGUUGGUGGCGGCCCUUCAAAGGCAGGUGUUUGAUUUUCUGGGCUACCAAUGGGCCCCCAUCCUCGCCAACUUCCUGCACAUCAUGGCCGUCAUCCUUGGCAUGUUUGGCACGGUGCAGUUUCGCUUCAGAUACCUCAUCUUUUAUGCAGUAUGGCUGGUCCUCUGGGUCGGCUGGAACUCAUUUAUUAUCUGCUUCUACCUGGAGGUUGGAAACCUGUCUCAGGACAGGGACUUCAUCAUGACGUUCAACACAUCCCUUCAUCGCUCGUGGUGGAUGGAGCACGGUCCUGGCUGCCUCGUAACACCGGUGCUAGACUCUCCCAUCGCCCCCGAUGACCACCAUGUCAUCACCGUCUCCGGGUGUCUCCUGGACUACCAGUACAUCGAGGUUUUGAGUUCAGCCAUACAGGUCCUGCUGGCUCUCUUCGGUUUCGUGUAUGCCUGCUACGUGAGCAAAGUCUUCCAGGACGACGAGGACAGCUUUGAUUUCAUCGGUGGCUUUGACUCGUACGGAUACCAGCCUCCUCAGAAGUCCUCCCAUCUGCAACUGCAGCCUCUUUACACGGCUGGAUAACUGCUGGUAGCGCCCCCUUCAGGCCAAACCCCGACAGUGUCACUGUGGAUGGAGAGCGGCAGUAGUUGCCUUGGUUACACUCAGUCUGUGUAUCACAGUUUAUCCGAAGAACGGACUUAACCCCACCCAGAGGGAGCGACGUGUGUGUGUGUGUGUGAGAGAGAGAGAAUUAGAGCCCUGAUGAGAAUGUACGGAGCUCAGGGACGAACCAGCAUGCCAGGUGGUGUGAGGAGAAGAAGGAGGAGGAGGAGGAGGAGCUGGGGACACCUCUGUUAAAUCACCGAAGACACACUUCACUAAACUGCCAGCUCUCAACGCUCCCACAAGUGUGUAUGUGUGGAUAAUGUGUGUGUAACUCCACAGGACUGAGCUGGAGCUUUGUGGUAGCACCCUGGACUUUUACCACUCCACAUCCCUGUGUUCUUUGUUUUUUAUUUUGGGUGCUCGGCUGUGUGAGUGAACGUGCGUGGCGCGGGGGUUGUGGGUGGGGGUCACUAUAAUAAGAAGUGGCACGGCUCGUUCCUGUUGUCGUAUUAGAGUGUGGUGAUGUCAAACUAGAGCAGUCUUACGAUUUCCUCUCCCAAAGCCAUCUCUCCCUCCUCCAGAGCCACAGGGUUGGAGAUUAACUUUCUCAUCUACCUGCCACUUUGGCUGGUGGAUUCAAAAAUCUACCAACAUUUUUACAAGCCACUUUAGCAUAGUGUUAUAGUAUAGUAUUCAGGUUUCUCAAUCAAGAUCGCCAAAUUGGGUGGGAGUUAGUGCACCAGAGUGUUGCUCUUUUGAAGCCGUGUUUCCGACCAGUUUGUCCUAUAAUCGUCCAUGCAAACAUACAGGGGCACUGUAAAUUCAUGCGUCCUGCAUUAUGAGUGUCAGACUUCCAUCUAUUUUCUAUACCGCUUAUCCUGUAUGAGGCCACAGGGGGCAGAAACCUAUCCCAGCUGUCAUUGGGCCAAUACAUCCUGGGCUGGUUGUCAAUCAUUCGUAGGGCUGCAGACAACCAGGUGCCCUCACAUUCACACCUACGGCCAAUUUAGAGUCACCUAUUAACCUAACAAGCAUGUCUUUGGUGGUGGGAGGAAGCCGGAGGACCCAGAGAGAACCCAUGCAUGCACAGGGAGAACAUGCAAACUUCCCACAGAAAGGUCCUGACCGGGAAGUGAACCAGUGAGCUAUGUUGCAACAGCCCUAACCCCUGUGAUGAAGCACCGCCGUGCAGCUCUAUUGCCAGACUUGAGAGAAUUAAAUAUUUUGUGCUCAAUUCCUGCAAUCUUACAUUGGAAUUCAAGCCCUGUUUACCUAUCUUGGACUUAAAACAAGUGGUUUAAAGACACCUCUAGAAGCCGCAGCACUACUCAUAUAACACUGAGUCAAAUUAUCCCAGCACACAGCCGUCUGUAAAGCCCUUUCAGACUGGCUGGGUGUUUUGCUGUGUGCAUGUCCGCUCUGGCUCCUGUCUUCAAAAGUUUUACCUCAAUAAACUGUCCUACAUGUAUCUUGAUUCAGUGUAUAGGGGAACCCUUCAAAAUAAAAGCAUUCUGUACAAACGAUGGAAAUUUCCCUAAAGAAAUGAAAAACGAAGCUUUUAUUUUGAAAAGCACAUAUAUAUGUAGAUGUAUUUUAGGUCUUGCCUUCAUCAGGGGUGUUCGGAAACAGGAAUAUUUUCUGCCAUUGUGAACAUACGUAUUUGCCACGACAAAGUAAAUAGGGCUCUCUAUUAAUCAUUUUCCUGUCUGUUUAUUCUAUAACUGCGGUUUUCUAAAUUCUCUGCACCUGAGCCAUGCAAGAUGCGGCACACAUUCAGGCAGUCUGAAAGCCCUGACUUGUAAACAUGUAAACAAACUUGUAAACAAACAAACUGAAAAUCCAGCCAUGUUGCAGCUGAGACGGGUAUCUCACACAUCCAGUCUGAAACGGCUUAAGCAUUUGACAGCAGCUCUGACUCUGAGAUGAGGAAGCAGGGUCCUUCGGUCAAUCAGUGAAUAGGUCUGCUUGGUUCUGGUCACAAAGUUGGUGGAAACACGCAAAAAAAACACUUCAGCCCCUCCAAUGAGGCAGCAAAACAAGGCUGGUAGAGCAUAAAGCGAAAGCUGUUUGGAGGAUCAAGCUGGGUGUUUUAUGUAUUUUUAUCAAGCAAAACAAACAAUAUCUCUUACACACAUUUGUUUGUUCUUUGUGCUGUAAAUUAAUUUUAAAAAGUUGCAGAAAUAUACUAAAAAAAGAGAAAAAUAAUACCCAAAAUAGCCAGGCAGUGUAGCUUUUCACAAAUAUCACCCAAACAACGGCAUAGUGCUUUCAUGUGGGACUAUUUUUAGCAGCGCAUGUGCUGGAGCAGUGAGUCUGAAUGGGUAACAUCAAAACUAAUACAUGAUAAUGAAACGAGUGCAGUUUUAGAAGUGAAUGGAUAUAAAAAAGGGAUUAUUAUAUUGUUGUUCAGGGUUUGCUGACAUUAUGAAAAUUACAUAAAAUCACCAGAUUCACCCCCCAAAGUUCAGAUCUAAAACAGCAACCCCAGGAGAAUACAUUUGGCCCACCCUCCAUGUAAUACCGCUGAUUAGGGAUGCAGAUGGCUUUGGGAUCAGGCAUUAGUGUGUCUUUUGGUGGGGGCGGGAUCAGGGGGGGAUAUUGUGCAUGUAAAUAACCAGCCAAUGAUUGUUUUGUUGGUUCCAUUUAGAAAUAAAAGGGGGUUGCAUUAGGGGGUCGGGCUGGGUGAAGAACGGUACUGUACACAUCAGAGUUUCUCCUCAUACCUGUUUCUCUUUCUUGGGUUGUAUCCAUGCUGCCCUUUACCAACUCACAGCAGCUAAUUCUGUCCAGAGGGGAAGCACGAUCUCAAAGAGAAGAAAAUAUAUGCAGUGACAUGCUCUGAGUAGGCUGUCUGGACACAGGAAGAGAGAGACAGGUAUGACCUGAAGACCUAAAUGAGCGUAAGUUGAAGUUUGAAAUAAUAAA